UCUCCAGUCCAGGUGCAUGGGAUAUGCACACUCCUUACGGUGUAAUGGACAUGUGCAACACCUCUUGAUGCUUGCCACCUUUCACUUCUGCUCCAGCCACAUCUUGGCAGCCUAGAGGAGCAAAACAAUGGAGAAAAAAUCCAGGUAACUUCACUUUUUUUUUUUUUUUUUUCAAACCACCACCCCAAAAAAAAUUCAAUCUGAGUUUGGAUUCAGGGUCCAGGCUGGUUUUUACUUGAUUUGGAUCUUCUGUAAUCAAAACCCUUAAUUCAGCUUUCGUACGUCCCCAUGGGGGAAAAAACCCACUACUGUUCUACAGUUCAGUGGCGCACAGAUGCCUACCAGAAAGGACUGGGUGUUGCUCAGAUUGGAGGUAAGGUUUUACAUUUUCAUGUGACGGUGUGGAAUGCCGCAUGUGUAUUGUUACUGGGCAGGACUUAGAGAGGAGUGGAGUCUGGCUGUGCAAGUUGCAAGUGUGAGGUGUGGGAGAUAAGGUGUGUUAGUGGAGGAAUCCUUGAGUGGGUCUUUUCCUUGCUUUUUAGUGUUUAUGUGGGUUGGUCUUUAACAAAGUUUUUUCUUUUUGAAUUAUUCCAUAGGGAACAUUUGAAGUCAAGAAACCUGUUUCCAAUAACUACAAAACCCAUUUUUUUUUUUUUGUCCAACACAGAAACCCAAGGUUCCGGAUCAGGUUCCUACUUCUAAACGAUUAGCAUACUUAAUUGAGCAAACCUGUUGGCAUUUACAGUCAGACGGAUCAUUACGAUUGUAUUCUCCCAAGAAACUGACGGCGUGAGGCGGAGAAAGGUCAGAUCUGUCAAUAACCAUGCCAGAGAAGUAAAACCCAUUUGCAUGGACAGACAGACCCUCUCGGCUUCAGAAAUGUGAUAGUGGACAGAGCAAGGGAUUAGUGCGUGUACGUCAUGAGGGCAGAGAAGGAUGAAACGUGCCCUGUCCAUCAAACUGUCCCUAUUGGUACAGAAGACAGGGCACCGGUCUGUAAUGACUAUAAAGGGGAUGCUUUAUUGAGGCUGCUGGACACACAGCAACUCGGUGGUUCUCUAGAUCCUGGACAGAGCCGCAUGGCCUGUGUUUGCCAGCAUCCUCAUUCAGGGCCUCUCAGAGUCCUGGUUUGUGGUGUGUAGUGACGGAAGGAGCUGCUAUGUGACACCCAUCAAAUUCUCCACUUGGCUUUUGGCUUCAUAGCCUGGGGAAAUGAAAGCUGCCCUCGCUUGUCAGAAUCUCCUAGGGAGAGUGGGCACUGGUACCUCUGACCCCUGGGGGUGCCUCCAAAGCAUAGUCCAGAGACACUGUAACUUCAGGGCUCCUCCCGGAAGAGGAAGAAUAACUCAUCUCUGCCAAGACUCCGGUUUAAUCCCCCUCACAUUGGUCACCUCCUGAAGGUCACACUGGGUCUUGGACUCCUCCCUCUCAUGAACUGUCUAAGACUGCAGGGUUUUUUUUAUAUUCCUAUUUAUAGUGCAAUGAUAGGAUCAAGGGGAAUAAGCAAUUAGCGUCCCCUGAAAUGCACCCUGCUUCCCUUGUCCCAUGCGUGUUUACCUCUCUCCAGCAAAGCGAGAGCAGCUGUGACGUGUAUGGGGCUCCAGGCAGCCUGGGGGGCUGAAUCUGGCCUUUUGGAGGUUAAAUAGUUACACAGGGAACUAUUGAGGAGGAUUGACCCUGGAUUAAUGAAGGAGCUCAGCUGCUGAUGGCAAAAGCCUGCUGAUGGGUGUCUUCCCCUACCUGUUUCUAGGGAAGCCCGCUGUCUCCUGGAAGCGGCUUGUGACUGGCAGAUGGAAAGAGCUGUCCGGGGUCCUGUAAACCGAGACAGGACUUCACAGCUCGGCCAGCACAUUUUUAAGGCGACUCAGCUGCCAGCAGAUCCACGCAGAGGAACCAUCUUAGUGCGGAGAGCUGGUAGGAGCCCAUGGGGGUUGUCGCUUGGAGGUAGGCCUCGCCUGUUGGUAGCUGGUGUAAUGAGGAGCAGUAAAGGUCGAUGGGGUCAGGCCAGUGCCUUCUCCUCAAUAACCCACUUCACUCUCAACACUGCGUUCCCCAUUUGUGUGUGGCUGCUACCCAGUUAUCCCCGCUGUGAGCUACAUGCCAGCAGGACCCUUCCUCUUUGGCCUCUUGGCACAGUAGCCAUUGGCUCUCUUGGCGGUAGCCAGUGCUAUGCAUGUGGGUUUCCCCAAGUGGCCAUCUCGAUCCUGGGCACUGAAUGAAUGACAGUGUGUUACCCAGGUGGCUCCUUGUUUGCACCCUUCACCUUCCUCAUGAAGUUCGCCCUCCCCCUUGGCUCCACCAGGAUGGCCCUGUGGUCUCUCCUCUUCAUGGCCGUCCUGAAUGGCCCCUCGCUGCAGAAGCCCCUGGCUGCUGAAGGUGACAGCAGGGGGCACCACGGGAACACAGGCCUGAUCCAGUGCGGGGAGUACAGCAACCAGGUCCUGCCCAACGGCCGGUGUAAGAUUGUUGCCACCUUGCCACAGAUGGAUGAGCAGCGGUGCCCAGAUAUGUUCCGCUGCACGGACGAGGUCUCCUACUGGCUCCACGAGAACGAGGAGCGCAAGCAGCAGAUCCUGGAGCUGCGGGAGCUGAUCUCUGAGCUGCAGGAGGAGCUGAGGAACCACCGGCAUCGCAUCAAAGUCCUUGAGCUGCAGCACGAGGAGAAGAACAGCCGGAACUCCACGGUGGAGCAGCGGGUCCAGGAGCUGGAGCAGCGUUACGACGAGGCCAGCACGCUGCGGCACAUCCAAGCCACGCUGCUCUACGACAUGCAGGCCCAGAUCCACAACAUCUCCCUGCUGACCGAGUGGGUCCGGCGCAACCCCGGCUGCCUCCUUCCUGCCGAGAUGAGGUCGCAGCAGGAGACGCACCAUCCAGACGUGAAGCACGCAAAGAACUGCCCAAUAGACUGUGCUUCCAUUUACUACAAUGGGAUCCGGAGGUCUGGGGUCUACAGCAUUAUGCCCUCUGUCGGUGGGAUGCCAAUAGAAGUGCUGUGUGAAAUGGACACGGAAGGUGGAGGUUGGACCGUCAUCCAGCGGCGGCAGGACGGCUCGGUCAACUUCACCCGGACGUGGACCGAGUACAAAGACGGCUUUGGGGAUUUAAACAGAGAGUUCUGGCUGGGUAACGAGAACAUUCACAAGAUGACGAACCAAGGGGACUACUCGCUACGCAUUGAUUUGGAAGACUGGAAUAACAAGCACAAGCACGCCUUCUACCAGCUCUUCAGCAUUGAGGAUGAGGCAAACUAUUACCGCCUGCAUGUGGAAGGCUUCAGUGGGACAGUGGAGGAUUCGUUUGCCUGGUACCACAACAAGAGGAGUUUCAGCACGCCCGACACGGGGAACAUCUGUGCCGAGAUCUCCCACGGAGGCUGGUGGUAUCAUCAGUGCUUCUUCUCCAACCUCAAUGGCGUGUACUACAAGGGGGGCAGGUACUCCAUAAAAAACCGCAAGAUCCUGGGGCCAGACGGCAUUGUGUGGUACACCUGGAAAGACACUGAUUACUACUCCCUGAAGAAAGUCACCAUGAUGAUCCGUCCACGCACCUUCCGACCCCAUCUCUCCCCAUGAAGGGACUGGGGAUGUUUCUCCUCUCAGCUGAUCCCCAGCUCCAGAAAGGGAGGGACGGGAGUGGCUUGUUAUAGCUGGAGAUGGACUGACUCCGGAGACUACGGAGUCCCCAAAAUAUCAUCCUGCUUCUGCCUUUGGGGCAGGGUCAAGAGAAUGAAGACAACCAAGAAAGAAAGAAAGAAAGGCCUUCAGUGUGUGGUUAAAUGGUGAAGCCCUGUGUUACCAAGGCCAGUUUGAGUGAAAUCUUAUUGUUCAACACUCUCCUAGACUGGACCUACCAAAGGCUGAGAACAGGCCAAAGAUGGAAGAUCGUGGUCCAAGAGGAUCCCAUUUUUUAGGGGAACUAUUUAAAUGUUUUAAAACUUUUCAUGAGAGACUGCCAUGUAGUGACUUCAGGGACUGCAGCGCUGCCCUCUGCUGGAGGAAUGCUGGACUUGCUUGCACGCCGUAUGACAGUGCCCUUGUCUGGCUGGGCUCACGGAGCUGCCCCUUCGGCUUCUCAGGUGUGUCGGCCCAAAUCUGGAUGCCACCUUUUGAUGGCUCUGGAUAGAUUCAGGCAUGGAUUGUUGGCUGGAGACCCUAGAUGCUCUUGGUGUGAGCUCAAGAACGAAUGAUGACCUCGGGGGAAGCUCUAGGGGGACUCACACAAUCUACUGGCUUGGGUGUAUGUUUACCACUGUCCUCUAGUGGGACACAAUGGCCCUACUCUGGUAUAAAGACAGACCUCUUUGCUUGACAGAGCUCCGGUAUUCCCUUAUAGAAGAGAGACUUGCAUGUAUUUGGAGCUGAAAGUCUGUCAUGCAUCCCACGACUUCCUGGGGCUGCCUCUGUAAUGCGUGGGGCCAUGCUUUCAUCUCCCCUGGGGAGAGCUGGGAGGGCUGCCUCCUGGGCCCGGUUCCUGCUACUGUUUGUUUGUACGCAGCACGCAGAGAACUGUAUGUUAGCCGGGGAUGGGGGAAGUUUUGCUAACGUCCCCUCCAGCCCGUGUUGCCCGCUGUCUGGCACACUGACGUUCCAUAGCUGAGUUUCCUCAGGUCUGGGAUAAUUAUUGCACCACAAA